AUGGAGGCAAGUUUGUUGUGUUCUCCUAGAUUGCCUCAUAGGCCAUUUCUAAAGAAACCCUCUUACAACCUAAGACAUGGGAUCAUUACAAAAGUUCUCAACACAAAAAAGGAUGAUAACGAGGAAAAAUCAUCACCUGUUGAUGAAAAUAUAUCUGUUCUAAGACUGCACAUCAAGAAAAUGAAGUUGUUAGAGAGCACUAGAUCUAUCCAAAAGCCUUCUUCUGAUUGGAUGGAAUGGGAGAAGAAGAUUUUUACGCGUUAUCACGAGGACGUUUGUGACACAGUGGCGUUGCUACAAACGUAUUUGAUGAAUACGAGGCCAAGCGUGGCAUUGGGGAUGAUCGCGUUAGUCGCGAUAAGUGUGCCAUUGUCGAGCUCGGUCGCCAUGGUUAAUGUCUUGAAGAUAGCAAAAGGAUUGUUGGAAGGGUGUCAUGUAUGUAUUGAUAUUGAGUUUUAG